GGUGAUGAAGACGUGAGAGGCAAGUUCACAGGGGACGUGAGAGACGAUGGACUCGAUCCCGAGUUCUCCAAGGAUACCUUCCAUUUCUCGAAGGACAUGCACGAGAAGUUCCACAACUUCUUCGGAUUGACGGAGUUCCGGCACAAUCAGAAGCAGGCCAUCAACGCUGCGCUCCUCAAUAACGAUUGCUUCGUCCUCAUGCCCACUGGUGGCGGAAAAAGCUUGUGCUAUCAGUUACCUGCCAUUUGCUCUAAAGGUGUGACCGUGGUCGUGUCACCGCUGAAAUCGUUGAUCUACGACCAAGUCACGAAACUCAAGUCAAUGGGCAUUCCAGCAACCGCUAUGAUGUCCGAGACGGAUGACGCGAACCGAGGCGACCGGGAGGUCUACGAGGAUCUGCGGCGAGCGGAACCUCUUCUAAAACUUCUAUACGUCACCCCGGAAAAGUUGGCAGCUUCGAAUUUGUUGAAGAACACAUUUGAAAAGCUCCAUCGCAGGAAUCAACUCGCUCGUUUCGUGAUUGAUGAAGCGCAUUGUGUCAGCCAGUGGGGUCAUGACUUCAGGGUUGAUUAUCACAAAUUGGGCCAGUUGCGCCAAACCUUUCCCGGUGUGCCCAUCAUGGCCCUGACCGCAACGGCGAGCCCUUCGGUCAGGAAAGAUAUAUUGAAGCAGUUGUUGAUGAAGGAACCGAAAUGGUUCCUCCAGAGUUUCAAUCGACCCAAUCUUCGCUAUCAGAUCGUGAAAUACUUCUCCGGUUCGCCAGUGACGCAUAUCAUCAAGCUCAUCUCGAAUAAAUAUUUCGAGAAAUCGGGUAUUGUUUACUGUCUAUCGCGAAAAGACUGCGACCAGACCGCCGCCAAGCUCGAAUCGGCCGGAAUCUCGGCUGUUAGUUAUCAUGCGGGAAUGAACGACGCCGAGCGGUCUUCGAUACAGGAUAUGUGGAUCAAUGGUCGAAAGCAUGUGGUUUGCGCCACUAUCGCCUUUGGUAUGGGCAUAGACAAAGCAAACGUUCGCUUUGUGUUCCACACAGGACUUCCAAAAUCUGUGGAAGGCUACUAUCAGGAGACCGGUCGCGCUGGCAGGGAUGGUCUGCCUUCGGACUGCGUUCUCUUCUACCGGUUCGCUGACUACAUACGGUGGCAGAAAUUGAUCACCGGAGGAGCGGAGACAACAGCGUCGUCGCGGAAGAUACAUCUGGCCAACUUGUGGCACAUGGUCCGUUUCUGCAUGAACGAAAUCGAUUGUAUUCGCAAGCUCAUCCUCCGGUAUUUCGGACAGGAAUUCGACAAGAAGCUCUGCUCCGUCAAUUUCGAGACGACCUGCGAGAAUUGUCGACGUCAGAAGCUCAAUGUUGCUCGACCGGUCGACUGCACAGAUGAAGCCUUGGACCUCCUGACGCUCAUAGCGAAGAAAUGCAAAUACAAACCUCAUUCAUACAUCACGUACCUCCUGUUGAUUGAUGUUUUCAAAGGAUCGAACAGCGAUAAAAUCCGGAAAGACAAUCUCACUACGGAGCCCGUCUAUGGACGAGCCAAGGAAAGGCUUUUGGGCAUAGACAAAACCCUUCCCGAGAGAGUCGUCGACCGCCUGAUCGCCGACGGAUACUUGAACAUCGUGGUUGCGGAUACGAAAAUGUCCGAAACAGCGUACCUCGGCAUCGGAACCAAGGGACAACAAUACCUUCAGAACCAGGAUCGCCAGAAAUUCUUUAUACGGAUCCUGCAGCCAAGGGGCUCGAUGGCGCAAUCCCCUACGAAUGAAAGUUUUUCCGCGGAUGGUGCAGACGAACACGACCCCUUCGCCAUCGGAGCUCUGGGAGACGAGGGCACAGCUCAGUUUCCACCUGAAACACCGGUUUCGAGAGCAGGUGCCUACACACGAGGAAGAGGUGGGCGAGGACGGGGUCGCGGCGGCCGUGGAGGCAGAGCAAAUUUCAACAAACAAAAAUAUGCGGGCAAGAGUCGGAAAGGUGGAAAGAACUAUUCGUCCCAUCAACCCGGGAACCAAGGCGUUGACAUGAGCAAGGUCCGCACCGUGCCCGCUCUGCCGAACACUCGACUUAUGCCGAUGCCGUCCUGGAGGCCAAGUUGAUAGUAUUGUAUGCAAAAUCAUCCGGGUGAUAUUGGCGCUCGAGAGCUGUCUCAUAUACGUAGGUGUCGUAGUUUUUAUGUGUAUUUCCGUUUUAAGGGGUCGGUGAGAUCAAGGCAUUAUGAGACCCUUCCACGAAGUUGGCAUAAUCGGCUUAUUUUGUAACAUAUGUAAAA